AAACAUCGAUAUGUGUAAAGAAUAAUCGAUGUGUCUUUCCAGUCCACAAUCCAUUCGAAUUUUUUCGCCGCUCGGAAAAGACGUGAUUUUCCCGUCGUGAUAGUGGAGGCUAUUUUUAAAACCGUCGCGGCGUUUGCAAAUAAACCUCAUAUUCAUCUAUUAAAUCGGAGGAAUUCGUUAGUGCAGCAGAACCAGAAAUAUUGCUAAGGCCCAAGCACCGGAGAGCAUAUAAACAUGAGCGAAGAUACAUACCAGAUAGAAACGCGUCGGCGGUCGCGUUCCAAGACUCCCUUCCUGAGGUCCAGCUGCGACCAUGAGAACUGCGAGCACGCCGGAGAGGAGGGGCAUGUGCACCACCUCAAGAAGAAAUCGGCGGCCCCCAAUGUGCAAACGAUAUUGGAGGAGCAUAUAGUGGAGUCGAGCAGUAGCAAGAAAACCAGGGGAAAGGGCUUCGCCCAGCUGACCUCAGACUACUCGAGCGACGAUAUGACUCCGGAUGCCAAACGCAAGCAGAGCUCGAUCACGACCACAGUCACGUCAAUUCUAACUAAGCGAUCCGGCGGAGCCACAUCGACGCCACGGAACAGAAGCCAGCUGGAGACCACGCAAAACACGCUGAACACUGCCCAGGAGAAGCUCAACCAAUCCAACGGAAAUCUAAGCUCGGGAAAUGUCAGCGACUAUCUGGCCUACAUUGAGUACAAGAAGGCUGGCGAGUACUGGAACACAACUCCCAAGACGGACUAUACCUAUUCAGAACUGUCCCCCCACCGACGCCAGUUGGCGCCAGGAAUUGUGGCCAUGCCCAAUAUGUCCAGAAAGAGCCUAGGAAACCAUAACGAUCGAGUCAACUACAUGGUCCAGCAGAACCCUGCGCAGGAGGAGUUCAUCCGCCGCCGCUACCAGUCCAAGUAUACCCAGCCUGUUAACUAUGACUCCGCAGACGAACUGGACGCCACCUUUGGGCAGAAAAAGCAAAGUUGGUGGCUCAUCCGCCUCAUUCAGCUGGUUGUUAGCAGCGUUACCACCGUCUGGAAUCGGGUGACCAAUCUUUCGGCCACGGAGACGACUGCCUAUCAAAACUACUACGCUAAGCGCCAGCAGAGUCAACAAACUGGACUUUGGGGAAAAAUAGUACAGACCAUCGGAGGAGGAUUGGCGAGUUUGCUGCGCUACCUGUAUAUAUUCAUUGCAUCGGUUUUGAGUUUGGACACGUGGUUGCUGCGCUCCUCGGAUGCGGAAAACAAGUCGAAAAAGCGCUUCCUCAUAUUUCUGCUGAUUUUGUUGCCCUUGCUGCUGCUGUCGGGAUGGUUGCUGUUGCAGGAGGAUCAACGUAUUGCGUACGUUCAGCGUGCGGAAGGUCUGUUGCCACUGCCACUAGCUCUUUUCUGCUCCGUAUACAGCCGGUUGUCAAAUGCUGGAGCCACCUUGAAAAGUUGGAUGGAACUGCCCACCGCCAUAAGUCCCCAGCAGGAAGAGGAGGCCAUUAAGGUAAACAUGGCCAGCAUUGAGAGGAACAUCCAGAAAGCCUUGACUGCGGAGGAAUACGAAAAUAUCCUAAACCAUGUGAACAGCUACGUGCAGCAGUUGGUCGAGCUGAAAAUGCAGCAGCAUGCCAAGGAGCUCCCACCGCAACAGAUUCAACUCAUUGUUCAGCUAAUGAAGGAAAACCUCCAGCAGAUUGCCCACAAAACGCAGCUAAGCGAAAAGGACUUGACGGAUCUGGUCACAAAACUGAAGCUGGAGCUGCAAGGCUCGGGCGGCUGGCCAGAUGGAGCUAAGCUAUCACGAGCUAACUUGGAGGAGAUAACCAGGCUAGUUAAAUCAGAGCUGCACCUGCACGAAUCGCACUACAAAAUUCAACUGGACAGGAUUGACUUUCCGGCUCUGUUGGAGCAAAUUCUGGCUGCGCCAGCAUUGACAGAUUUUGUAGAUGCUCGAAUUGGUCUUCAGGUGGGAGAGCUCGAGCAAAAGGAAAGUUCCGGUGCCUCAGAUGCAGAAGUCCAAAUUGAGCGCCUAAACAGGGAAAUCGCCUUCAUAAAGUUGGCCCUCUCCGACAAGCAAGCGGAGAACGCUGAUCUGCACCUAUCGAUCAGCAACCUGAAGCUCGGCCACGAGGAUUUGCUGGAACGCAUACAGCAGCACGAACUUGCCCAGGACAAGCGUUUUCAUGGGCUGCUGGCUGAAAUAGAAAGCAAACUGUCUGCGCUUAACGACUCGCAGUUCGCUCUGCUCAACAAGCAGAUCAAACUGUCCCUGGUCGAGAUUCUGGGCUUCAAGCAAUCCACCGCUGGCGGUGCCGCUGGCCAAUUGGAUGACUUCGAUCUGCAGACCUGGGUGCGCAGCAUGUUUGUGGCCAAGGACUACCUGGAGCAGCAGCUGCUGGAGCUGAACAAGCGCACCAAUAACAACAUCCGCGACGAGAUCGAGCGAUCCAGCAUCCUGCUGAUGAGCGACAUUAGCGAACGGCUCAAGCGGGAGAUUCUGCUGGUUGUGGAGGCAAAGCAAAACGAGAGCACCAAAGCGCUGAAGGGCCAUAUCCGCGAGGAGGAGGUGCGCCAGAUAGUCAAAACUGUGCUAGCCAUCUACGAUGCCGAUAAGACGGGUCUGGUGGACUUCGCCCUGGAGUCGGCGGGCGGCCAAAUCCUUUCCACGCGCUGCACUGAGAGCUACCAGACGAAGUCAGCCCAGAUAUCGGUGUUUGGAAUUCCACUCUGGUAUCCCACCAACACGCCGCGGGUCGCCAUCUCACCCAAUGUGCAGCCUGGGGAGUGCUGGGCAUUCCAGGGUUUUCCCGGAUUCCUAGUGCUGAAGCUUAACUCGUUGGUGUACGUCACAGGAUUCACCCUAGAGCACAUACCAAAGAGUCUAUCGCCCACAGGAAGAAUAGACUCGGCUCCUCGCAACUUCACUGUUUGGGGCUUGGAGCAGGAGAAGGACCCGGAACCCGUGCUAUUCGGCGAGUACCAGUUCGAGGACAAUGGUGCUUCGCUUCAGUACUUUGCCGUUCAAAACCUGGACAUCAAACGACCGUACGAGAUCGUCGAACUGCGGAUCGAGACGAAUCACGGCCAGCCCACCUACACAUGCCUCUACCGGUUUCGCGUACACGGCAAACCGCCGGCCACAUAGAUCUGCAUGCAAAUUUCUCUAGCGAUUUAAGUACUGCCAGGUGUACAUAAUGUCUGUGCCUUAAAAAGGAAACUCAACAAUAUAUCACUGCGAGGUGUGGAUCAGAUGAGCCCAGCCGCUUUUAACCAUGCGAACUAUGUAAAAAGUAAGGCUAUAGAUUUUAAGUGUUUUGUAUCAUAUCGUAGGUGUAAAGUGUUUAAAUCCCAUUAAGGUUAACUUGUACAUAGCUUAUUAUUUAAACCGGGGCUCGAGUCCAAUGUCCUAAUAAGUCCUAUAAUAUUUUAUAGUAUUUAGUUAUUUCCCUGAAAUCAAUCAUCGUUCCUUUAAGUCUACUCUACUUACCUAUGCAUAUUUUUACCAUGUUUGCCAUUUGAAAGCGUUUUGAAGUUAAUAGUCAUAGUUUGUCUAAGCCACACACUUGCUUGAAAUGUAUAGUUUAAGCUACAUCUAAGCUAAAAUGUUUACGAUGAAAACUUGCAAGAUUCUCUAAAAUGCCAUUGCGUUUUGAGCUCACACCUGAACCCCUGUCAAAUAAAAUUCAGUGAACUAUCGAAUAAAUCCGGCAUCCAUCCCUCCCAACAAAACAAUCCAGUUCAAGUUUUCCGUACUUGUAUACGUUUUAUGUCUAAGGAGUGAACCCAAAAAUAGUUGAUAAUUAAAAAUAUAGUUUUCUACUGUUUCUACAAGUUUACUUAAUUGGCUUAGUUUGUAUCUACUUGCUUCGUUUAAUGCAUUUCCCCAUUUUAUAACAAUAAA